AUGCUCCUUGACGUGCUGUUCCCGGACUCGUUCAGUCAGAUCUUCUGGAUGGUCUUUAUGGCUGUCACGGUCAUCCCCGUGUGUAUGAUCCCGACCUUGAAAGAGGCUUCAUCCGCUGCUCUGGCCGGGUGUUUGGGCACGCUGGUCGCCGACGUCAUUGGUGUGAGCAUCCUCGAGUGGGAAAUGCGCGGCCACCCGUCCAUCCCGACGCCCGACAUCUCGCUCCACCAAGUGCUGACCACCUUCGGCAACCUCGCGCUGGCCUUCGCUGCUGCUGUUGUGAUCCCCGAUCUGCAGCGCCAGCAUUCGCAGCCCGAGCGUAUGCCGCGCAUAAUCACCGUCAGCCUGGGUAUUGGCCUCGUCUUCUUCCUAGCCAUCGCCAUUGCCGGUUACGCUGCCGGAGGCUGCCAGCUCUCGGGUAACCUGCUCUUCUCGGCCGUCAACACCUCGGACCCGUUCGCGACGUCUGCUCUCGGCUUCAUCCCGAACCGCGGCGCUGUCAUCAUGGCCUACCUCUUCAUGCACAUGCACAUUGUGAUCGCCUUCUCGACCAUCGUGAUGCCGGCCUUCUUCAUGGCCGAGCGGUUCUUCCUCGGAAUGCACAAGGACAAGCCCACCAUAGACCAGGAGCAGGGCGGCGUAGUACAAAACUACGAGGACGAGUCGGCCGAGUACCGCGGCAAGCUUAACAUGGUCCGGUAUAUGGGUCUUCGACUCUGCAUCAUGGCGGGGCUGGUGGUUGCCGCCAUUUUCCUGCGCGACAAGUUCCUCGACCUCGUCGACUUCACCGGCGCCUCGGCCGUCACUGUCGGUAGUCUCGUUCUACCGAUGAUGUUCUACCUCAAGAUCUUCUGGAACAAGCUCCCGACCUACGAGCGCGUCACCUCCUUGGUGAUCAUCGUUGUUAGCGCGAUCCUCGGCGUGUACGUCAUGAUCUACGCCGGUAAGAACCUAUUCAAUCCGGACACAGACUCAGCCACAUUCCCGUACUGCUCAGAGGAGUUCCAGUCCGAGCCGUACUACGUGCACAUCUCCACCUCGUCAGCUUAA